AUGAGAGCGCUAAUAUUUUUAUGUUUCAUAAAUUGGAUAAAAGGAAAUGUAGUCGUGGAAACCGAAUCUGGCAAAAUCGCCGGAAAAAUAGUGCAAUCUAUUAUACCCGGUGAACGGUAUUUUUCAUUUCUGGGUAUACCCUUCGCACAACCCCCUAUUGGGCAACUUCGGUUCAAGGCACCUGUGCCUCAUGAAGCUUGGGAUGACGUAUUAGAGGCUAAAAAAGAAAGAAAAUCAUGUGCACAAUAUAACAUUCCUUCUAGUGGAAAUGAAUUUGGUUUUUGCGGAAACGAAGACUGUUUGUACUUAAGCAUACAUACACCUCAUUUGCCUGUCGACAAAGAUGUAAAGUUACCUGUUAUAGUUUUUCUUUACAAUCAACACUUUAAGACGUCCUACAACAAUUCCAAAGAUUACGGACCUGAUUUUUUUAUGAAAGAAGAGGUUAUAUUGGUAACGGUUAACCAUCGACUCGGUGCCUUUGGUUUCCUUGCGUUUGGGGAUAAUGUUUUACCAGGUAAUAAUGGUCUGAGAGACAUCCUUUUAGCUCUUCAAUGGUUAAAUAAAAAUAUCAAAAAUUUUAACGGAGAUCCGUCAAGAGUAACUCUAAUGGGGCACCAAGGAGGGGCAGCAAUGGCCGAUAUUUUAAUGCGUUCUCCUAAAUCAAAAGGCUUAUUCAGCUCAGUGAUAUUACAAAGUGGAACUGCCCUCUCUCCAGUUUCAUUUGCAAAAGAUCCAAGCAAAAAGGCUAUUUCAUUAACAGAAAAUCUUGAAGACAAAGCCACCACAAGUAAAUCAAUAAUUGAACGGUUAUCAGACGUAACAGCUGAACAAAUAGCUGAUGCUGAACUUUUGUGUAUACAUCCAGACGAAUCAAGGGAACACCAAAGGGGAGUCCUACCAUUUCCACCUGUCAUUGAGCAUGAUCAUCCAGAUGCAGUUAUUACAUCGUACCCAGAAGAUAACUCUGCGCCUAUUAAUAUCCCCAUAAUGAUUGGAUACGGUUCACGGGAAUCAAUUGAAGCUUGUGCCCGCUUCCUUCAUAAACCAAAUUAUCUUACCUUUGCAGACAGAGAUUUUGUAUUCCUUAUGCCAAUCAGAUCGGGAUACCGGUUUCAACUAAACGAUCAAAUAUAUUUAGAAGCGAUAGACGAAAUAAAAGAGUAUUAUUUUGACGAAGGCUACGUAAAAGUCAGUCAACCUGGAGAAUACAUGUCAUACAUAAAUGAUGCUUCAACAUUUUAUCCUAUGGAUUACACGUUACGACAUUUAUUAAACGUUUCCAAGUCAUCUGUGUAUUAUUACAUGUUUGAUUAUAAUGGAGACCUAAAUUACAAGAAGCAAUCAAUACUAAAAGACGCUCUCGCUCUUGAUGGCACCUGGGGAGCUUCCGUGGGCGACGACUUAUGUUAUUUAUUUAUUUGUAACCCAAUUAGAAAAAAAUAUAGAAAAUUAUUAGAAGAAGAAGACGUGGAAGAGAUAAAAGUAUUAAAGACAAUGGUCAGGUUAUACGCAAAUUUUGCUAGAAGCGGAAACCCAACUCCCGAAGGAGAGAAAUUCGUUUGGAAACCCGCAACGAAAGAGAAUAAAGAAAUCCUAGUAAUUAGUGAUGAACUACGUAUCGUGAACAACCUUUACAAUGACAAAGUGAAGUUUUGGGAUGAUUUCCUCGCAAAGUACAAAGCUUUAGCCGUUGAUGGUGUUGUAAAAGAUAAAGCCAGAGAUGAAUUAUAA